CGCAGUGCUCUCUGCGACCUGUGCCGGGCGGGCAGCUGCAAGUGCUGUGCUGACUCGUGUUACUGGUGACUGCGCCUGUCGCUUUCCACGAGCCGGCUACCCCAGGCCGCACUCACUCGCGGACGAGACUAGCGUCCUGCAACCAUGAAGGCCGGAGGCCCUCUGUGGGCCGCGCUGCUGCUGCUGCCGCCGCUACUGCAGAACGCGCCGGUCGCCGGCGCCGCCAACAUCCUGGCGGUCGUGUGGUUCGUCUCGCCCAGCCACUUCGUCAUGCUGGGCCGGCUGUUCUCGGAGCUGGCCGCCAGGGGCCACAACAUCACCGUGCUGAGCCACUUCCCGCGGCAGGCGCCCCAGCCCAACUACACCGACAUCAGCAUCGCCGGCAGUCUGCCCUCUUACGCCGACAAGCUCACUAUGGACCUUGUGGAGAUGGUGUCCGGCCCGUUUGGGCUCCUGUACAACUGGCACUUCUGUAUGGACGCUUGCCGCACCGUCUACGCACACCCAGAAGUGGAGAAGUUGGUGCACUCGCAAGACCACUACGACCUGGUGAUCGCGGAGAUCUUCUACGUCGACUGCAUGGCCGUGUUCGCGCACAAGUUCCGUGCUCCUCUUGUUGGCAUCGUUACGAGCAUGGCCUUCCCAACCGCCUACGACAGGAUGGGAAACCCAGACCAUCCAGCCUACAUGGACUCGUACUUCUCUCCCCACUCGGCGCCCUUCACCUUCUGGCAGAGGGUGCAAAACUCGUUCCUGCACGUCGCGGCCCGCUUCUGCGACUGGUGGUUCUCAGAGCGAGGGAUGGACCAGCUGCUGGGCGAGGUGUUCAGCGAUGCGGUGCCCCCGAUCAGGGAGAUGGUGCGCAACACGAGCCUGCUGCUCGUCAACAGCCACUGGAGCGCUGGCCACCCUAUGCCCACGGUGCCGGGCCUCGUCGAGGUGGGCGGCCUGCACGUCAAGGAGCCGAGGCCUCUGCCACAGGAGCUGCAGGAGUUCCUGGACGGCAGCCCGCAGGGCGUGGUGUACUUCAGCCUGGGCACCAUGGUGCGGCCAGACACGUUCGCGCCGGACAAGCUCCAGGCGCUGCUGGACGUCUUCGCCGAGCUGCCGCAGAGGGUGCUCUGGAAGGUGGACCCCGCCAAGGUGCCGCGCCUGCCGCCCAACGUGAUGGCCAGCAAGUGGCUGCCGCAGAACGACGUCCUCAACCACCCGCACGUGCGCGUCUUCAUCACGCACUCCGGCCUGAUGGGCACGCAGGAGGCGGUGGCGGCGGGCGUGCCCAUGCUCGCCACGCCCAUGUUCGGCGACCAGUUCCUGAACGCGGACCGCGUCGUGGCCGGCGGCAGCGGCCUCAAGCUGCUCUACCGAGACCUCAGCCGAGGCACGCUGGCCGCCGCCCUCCACCAGCUGCUCAACGACCCGAGGUAUUACGAUCGCGCCCAGCAGCUGUCUCGGCUGUUCCGGGACCGCCCCCGGCCGCCGCUAGAGGAGGCGGUGUACUGGGUGGAGUACGUCAUCAGGCACCGGGGGGCGCCGCACCUGAGGUCCGCCGCCAUGGACCUGGCCUGGUACCAGUACCUGCUGCUAGACGUCGCUGCCUUCGUGGUGGCCACGCUGGCAGCGGCGCUGCUCGUACUGUACCUCAUCAUUUGCAAGAUAUCGUCCCGCUUGGUGGAGACCUCUCGCCCCGUACCGAAAGGGAAGAAGAGGGACUGAGGCGAUCCACACCACAAGCCACUAUAACAGUUAAAUGUGCCAUCCACAGUCGCAUCUUCGAGGAGGCUGUAUUUGGGACUGAUGUAGAUAGCAGAUCUGGCUAAAAGAACUGUGCUAAUUUAUUUGAACCACUUUCCGAUGACAUUCUGGAGCACUGCCAAUAAUACAGGGUGAUUCAAAAAGAAUACCACAACUUUAAAAAUGUGUAUUUAAUGAAAGAAACAUAAUAUAACCUUCUGUUAUACAUCAUUACAAAGAGUAUUUAAAAAGGUUUUUUUCACUCAAAAACAAGUUCAGAGAUGUUCAAUAUGGCCCCCUCCAGACACUCGAGCAAUAUCAACCCGAUACUCCAACUCGUUCCACACUCUCUGUAGCAUAUCAGGCGUAAUAGUUUGGAUAGCUGCUGUUAUUUCUCGUUUCAAAUCAUCAAUGGUGUCUGGGAGUGGUGGCCGAAACACCAUAUCCUUAACAUACCCCCAUAAGAAAAAAUCGCAGGGGGUAAGAUCAGGGCUUCUUGGAGGCCAGUGAUGAAGUGCUCUGUUACGGGCUGCCUGGCGGCCGAUCCAUCGCCUCGGGUAGUUGACGUUCAGGUAGUUACGGACAGAUAAGUGCCAAUGUGGUGGCGCUCCAUCCUGCUGAAAUAUGAAUUGUUGUGCUUCUUGUUCGAGCUGAGGGAAUAGCCAAUUCUCUAACAUCUCCAGAUACUGUAGUCCAGUUACAGUAGC